AUGGCCACCAAAUCAACGAUCCUCUUUAUCUUCGCUUUGGUCUACUUGCUAUGCUACGUCAGCGCAUUGUCUGUAGGAGAACGCAAGUCUUCUGCCGUUGAGGCGAGACAUGUGCAAAAGCUUAAUCCACAACCAGAACCACCUGGCUUUAUUAACGAAAAAUAA